UCCAAACAGAGACACGUACCCUCCUAUCCUCUCUCUCUCUCUCUCUUCUAACUCUGCCAUUAACCACCUUCAAUGGCUCUCUCCGCAAACCUGAACCGAGUUUCUGAAACCUUUCCGGCGGCCAUUCCCAGGCCUCCCACUUUCCAAAGACGCCAUAAGAGGAGAGCCCCUAUUCUUGCAUUUAGUGGGAACAAAGCCCAGCAGCACCCACUCCAGCAAACCACGAGAAGAUUAGCAAUAGGCCUUACCUCUAUUGCCCUCUUUGCAAAUUCCGGCAUCGGAAACUCCCUUGCCGAAGACAAUGGCCUUUGGCUCACCGGCCCUAUCCCCGUUCCUCCAGUUUACAAUAAGAUUGCGAAUGAGGAGACGGGGACUCGGUCUUUCAUCAAGAAUGGGAUAUACAUUGCGAAUAUCGGGACGAAGGGGAGAACAAUCAGGCUGAAGAAGUAUGCCUUUGAUCUCCUGGCACUGGGGGAUUUGAUAGGGCAAGAUGCCUGGAACUAUGUGAGCAAGUACCUGCGCCUUAAGUCGACCUUCAUGUACUACGAUUUCGACAACUUGAUCUCGGCAGCAGCAGCAGAUGAGAAGCAGCCUCUCACUAAUCUGGCCAACAGAUUGUUUGACAGUGUUGAGAAGCUUGAAGAUGCCGUGAAGAAGCACGACCUUCCCCAGACAGAAUCAUGCUAUCAAGACACCACCACCAUUCUCCAAGAGGUCAUGAGUCGAAUGGCAUGAGCAGGCCCGGCGCAGCGCAGCGGGCAAUCUGUUUUCUUCAGCAUAUUUGUGCAAGUCAAGAGAAAGAACAGAAACUCAGGUUUAUUCAUAGAGAUCAGGAAUCAGAUGGCAGCGUAAUUUGGCACAAUACCUCUAAUCACAUUUCUACACCGUAUUUCAUGUAUCUUUGAGAGAAAGAAACCUUCAAUUAUGAGAUGUGAACACAAUCUCAUCUGUUGAAAAGUUUAAAAGAGGAUUCAAUGCCUUGGUUAGAUUUGACCAAACUAAAUUUAUGUACAUCAAGAAGGAUUCUGUAUGAAUGAGUGUGCUAAAUAUCAUCAUCAAACCCUGCAUUGCAUCUUUUAU